AUGGUGCCCAAAAAUUUCGUCGUCGACGUCCACACCCACAUGUACCCUCCCUCGUACAUCAAGAUCCUCGAAACUCGCUCGACCAUACCCAUCGUUCGCUCCUUUCCCCACUCGUCCGAACGGCGCUUGAUCCUUCUCGAAUCCGAGGUCGAGUCCCUCGAAAAAGCCCUCAAGGACCCCUCGACUCGGCCGCCUGGCCGACCGCUCAGCUCGCAGUAUACCUCGCUCGACCAAAAGAUUCGCUUCAUGGACGUGCACAAGAUUGAUAUUUCCGUCAUCUCGCUUGCGAAUCCCUGGCUCGACUUCCUCGAUGCCGACGAUGCCGGCGCCAUCGGUGCGUCGGUGAACGAAGAGUUCUCCAACAUGUGCCGCCAGCAUCACGGACGCCUGUUCUUCUUCGGCACCUUGCCGCUGACGGCGCCGCUCGAGACGAUCCUGGCUUCCAUCAAGCAGCUCCGGGACCUCAAAUACUGCCGCGGAAUCAUCCUGGGCACCUCGGGCCUCGGAAAGGGGCUCGACGACCCGGCUCUGCUCCCCAUCUUGGAGGCUGUCGCGGCCGCCCAAUUCACCAUCUUUUUGCACCCUCACUACGGCCUGCCGAACGAGGUCUGGGGACCGCGCGCCGAGGAGUACGGUCACGUUCUCCCCCUCGCCCUCGGCUUCCCCAUGGAGACGACCAUUGCGGUCGCGCGCAUGUACCUCGCCGGCGUCUUUGACAAGGUCCCCGAGCUGCGCAUGCUUCUCGCCCACAGCGGCGGUACCCUCCCCUUCCUCGCGGGCAGGAUCGAGAGCUGCAUCCUUCACGACGGCCUGCUUUCGGGCAAGGGGAAAGGCGCCAAGAGCCGGCGCACCAUCUGGGACGUCUUGCGGGAGCAGGUCUACCUCGACGCCGUCAUAUACUCGGAAGUCGGCCUGAAGGCGGCGACGGAGGCGAGCGGCGGCGACAGACUCAUGUUUGGCACCGAUCAUCCAUUCUUCCCCCCCCUCGUCACGGGCGAAGAAGGCCUGUGGGAGAGCGUGAGCUUGAACGCGGAUGCCGUGGCCAAGACGAACGAGGCCGGCGUCGGAAGCGCCGCGGCUACCAUGGGAAUGAACGCCAUCCGCGUGCUGAACUUGGUGGAGCAGGCGUGA